AUGCUAGCAGCUACCAAGAAAGCUGUCUGGAAACAAGUGGUGGUGCUACCAAGAAUUGCUGCUAUCCCAGCAAGAUCCAUAUUCACAUCAUCUAGUUUAUAUUCAAAACCAUCAGCAAUUACUAAAUCACCAAUAUUCCUACAAGCUCAAAGAUUCCAAUCAUCAUCUGCUGAAAAAGCUGCUCAAGUCCCAGAAGAAGUUAGAAAACAACUAGGUCAAGAGACUCCAGCCAAGAUCUAUACUUAUGAAGAGAUCAAAAACUUGGUUACAAAUCCGGAUCCAAAUAAACUUUUAGUUGAUGUUAGAGAACCUUCUGAAGUUCAAGAAUAUGCAAUUCCAAAUUCAAUAAACAUACCAUAUAAAUCAACACCUGGUGCUUUAGAUUUAUCACCAGAAGAAUUUGAAGAUGUUUUCAAAUUUGAAAAACCUGAUAAAGAUAAAGAAUUAAUUUUCUAUUGUGUUGCAGGUGUUAGAUCAACUGCUGCUGCUGAAUUGGCUCAAAUUUUUGGUUAUAAUCAUUUGGGGAACUAUGUUGGAAGUUUAAAUGAUUGGAAGGCACAUGAAAACAUUGAUUUAGAACAUAAAGAUACCAUUUCUGAAAAGAAAUAG